GGGUUGUGUGUUUCUGUGCAUGAAGUGCUUUGGAAUUGGUUCCAUUUUCCCGUGCCCGUGCUAGCGAGACCGGCAAGUAAAGUACAAGGGAAAAAAGGGCGCAGUUUUUGUUUGCUUAGGGUAAUACCCAUCAUAAUAUUUCGCAAGCUAUGGCAGGAGACGCCAAAGUAGAAGAGGGCCAGUUAAAAGGUCUGUCGAAAUAUUUCAAUUCAACUACGAAUACCGGGAGGGCAAAUGUAGCAAAGGCUACAUAUGCUGGUGUUGGUCUUGUUAUAUUAUAUUUCAUGUUGAAACCAAAGAAGAAGUGAUCCAAAGUUUGUGAGAAUUAGUACCAAAUCUGUAAAUAAACUGCAACUUGUGAUUUAAGUAUUAUAAAUUCUCAACACAGUGCAUUGUAUAAUUGAAUACAGCAUUAAAUUUUGUAAGAAAUUAA